AUGAGCGGCACAGCUGCUGACCUUCUCAUCAUCUAUGAGGCCGAGACGGAGCAGUGGGCGUCCUACAUGCGCUCCGUGCUCGUCGGCCCUGUUGCCGAUGAGGGCAUCUGUUGCUACGACAUCGCCACGGUGACCGGCAGGAAGAGCCAGGAGGACUUCCUGUGCCUGGUGCAGUACCGCUGCAAGCUGCUCAUCCUGUCGCGCGGGCUGCUGGAGGCGCUCUGCCCGCUGCGGCGCUUCUUUCUGGCGCGUGUACUGACGCCUCCCAGCCAGGUGGUGGUGCUGCUGUGCGGCGUGCCCAGCCUGGCGCCGCUCCUGGAACAGGUGCCCCUGCAGGGGGACGUCUACCUGCAGAUCUCCAGCGAGCAGGAGGCCCACGAGUACACGGCCACCGUGGCCGACAUCGUACGCAAAGGUGGACAGGUCACAUCCAUGGAGCCCGUCUCCCGUAGGGCAUCUGGACCCGACGCCAGGCUGGAGAAGAAGCUCUCUGCUGGGGGAGCCGUUGCAGCCAAAGCCCCCCUGCUGCUGGUACCCUCCAGAGUGCCUUGUGAGGCCCCAGGUGAGGUGUACCUGCUGCUGCAGGAGUCUGUGCCCUGUAGGGAGGCUGAGGUGGAGUUCACCGCAGGAAUGCACAAAGUCCGAGUCAAGACCACCAGCUGGAACGACAACACACUUAGUGUCAAUCCACCAGAGUUUCCUGCUGGUAGUGUGGGCGUUACCCUCUACUGCGGGGGCGUGGCUAAAGGGAAGGCCCACCUCCAGUAUUACAGCAGCUUGGGAGAGGUGGCCAAACUCCUGACCAGAGCAGCAGACCCAGUGGACUUCAUGUGCCAGGCGUUCCAGGUGUGCUCCGUAGAGCAGCUGGACGAGACGCUGGCCGGGUGUCUGAUACAGAAACUGCCCACCAGGGGACUCAGGGAACUGCAGUGGGACCAGCAACCCGAGGCUGGAGCCUCCGGCUGCUCCAGGGAGGACAUCCCCACACUGCUGCACUUUGUGGCCCAGCACGGGUUGCGUGACUUGGGCAGCGUGCUGCUGCAGUGUCCUGGGGCCCAGAGGGCCCUCCACACCCCCAACCGCCACGGCCAGACUCCCCUGGACCUCGCCCAGGCCAACGGACACACGCAGCUUCAUAUACUGCUCCAGGGGGCGCUAGUGAGAGAAAAGCAAUGGCCAAAGCCCAGCCUGAGCUACACCUGCCCCCUCACAGAGUCGCCAACACGAUGGGGGUCACGGCAACAAAUGAUUGAGCGGGUACUGGAGCAGGAGAAGGCCAUAUCGGUUCUGUCUUCAGCUGAGGAUGACACAGAACUGACUAAGCAUAUGAAGAGGACCGUUCUCCAGUAUUUAAAUGAAAAGUACUCGGACCCUGCCACCGAUGAUCUGCUCGAUAUGGCCUCCCUUGUCGAUCCACGAUUCAAAUUAUCAUACAUAGCCGACAACCGAAAAGAUUAUGUCAAGACUAAAGCAGUGGCAUUCAAGCCCUACUGGAGAGGCAGAUGCAAGCUGCAUCCUCCACAGAUUCACCACCACCUGCCAGAGCGCAGGAGCUGCUGA